UCGCAAUAACAUAUUAAAAUUAUAAUUCAACAAUGAAUUUCAAUAAAAUAUUCUUAUUUGUUGCUCUCGUCGUAUUCGCUUUCAGUAUGGGAGCUGAAGCGGGUUGGCUUAAAAAAAUUGGCAAAAAAAUUGAAAGAGUUGGUCAACAUACCAGAGACGCCACAAUUCAAGCUAUUGGAGUUGCCCAACAGGCAGCAAAUGUAGCAGCGACUUUGAAAGGAUGAAGGCACUAGUUAAGGAGUUUAGUUAUUAAGAGCCAAUUCUUGCCAUAUUUUUAAUUUAAUAAUUUAUUUUAAA